UGGCUGUUUGGUGAGGAACGGCAGGUGAGAAGCUCUACUUUAGCUUUAAACAACACUUAUGGAGAAAAGAAGUUGGAUAGUUUUUUUCUUUAACCAGAAAAACUGGAAUUUCCAAGGGGUUCUGGAUUGAACCCUCUAUGGGGAAGUAGGGAUAUUUCCUGAAGGGAACAUUUGUCAGGAUUUUUACAGAGUAAAUUAAAAUUCAACGAGGACUGUAAAUACUUAAAUUGAAUUAUAAACAAAUGUCCUCGUUUUUUAUUGGCUAUUGAACAAGCUAACAAAGUUAUGGCUGAGAUCCCUUUGUCUUAAAUGUGACUUGUGAUUGGCCAGUUUAUGUCUGGAGGCUCCAACUGAAUUUGUUGUAUAAGUUGUGGUUCAAUUUUAUCCUUGGCUUGAAUUUUAUUUCUCUUUUUUUAAAACAUCAUUAUCAUACAUUACCAUACCCCAAAACAAAGGGAAAUAAAAUUUAAAGCAGGAUUAGAAUUGAACCACGACAUAUAAUUAUUUGUAAGGAACAUAUUAUUCAGGCAUUGUUAUAAGUUCCUAACUUGAACGUUAUUUAUAAUAUUAUUAACAAAUGUGCCAGGUCAAGAUUAGUUCUCACGGUUCUUAAUAUGUAGCCCUAAACCCAUUCCUGUUUCUUGCUUUUCAUAAAUAAUUGGUAACAGGGUUCAGAUAAAGACCUGUCCAGUAGUCCACAAUAAGUAAUACUCCUAUUCUUUGUAUUAUUUCUAUUGGGCAAUGUAAUGAGUCAUAGUCUUGCCUGAUUGGUAAAGCUGUGCCACAAAGAUGAUAAGGGUGCAACUCAGUCUUCAGCAGGCAGCAUUUAGACUCCUGCAUGUUCUAAGGACAAGAGGAAAUUCAAAUAUUCUCUUUUUGUAACCCUGAACUUGUAACAUUUAUCUGUCUCUCAAAACAUGGUGCAACUGUGUUAGACCAGCACUGCAGCAAUCUACAAGAAGCACCCAAAAAUAUGUUGUAUUAGAUAUUUUUUUUAUUGUAACACUAUGUUGUAUUAUAUUAACCGUAUGCUUUCUUCUAAAGUUUUAGAAAUUCAUGAAUAAUAAAAAUGAAGUACCUGGCUUAUUUACUAAAAUAAUGUUCUUGUGUUAGAUUACUGAAGUUGGAACAAUGAACAUCUUCAUGUUUUGGAUUAAUGAGAAUGGAGGUAAGACUGUUACAAGUCUCAUUCUGGGGGCCCUUAUAGGACUAAGGGAUUGAAGGAUGGCCAAGUGUCUGGAGGUUCACUUGCGUUUUUCCCACUUCAUUGCCUACAUUAAAACAUUUGCCAUCUUUCAUUUUAACUUAUCCGAAAUAGAUGAGCUUUGGAGCUGGUGCCUUAAAGGCUGGUGGAGCUAAGUAGCUAUCAGACCAAAGGAGGGAGGUAUCUUGAGGGGGUAUCUAUGGCAACCCUGUGAGUGGCGACAAUCAAAUAGUCUGCAAGCAGGCUCACUUGAGCAAGUUUGGGUGAAAUUUGGUUUGGGGGGGGGGCACCAAUUUUCCUUGCACACCAUCAAAAGUUUCUGUGAACUCGCACAAGUGAGCCGGUUCGCAGGCUAACCACCAAAGGCGUGAUCACACGGAAUGUGUCAGUGGAACUAAUUACCAAAUGUGGUACUUCUAGAGGAAAGGGGGGUAUGGGGGGAGGAAGUUUUGAAAAAUUGGAGGCAAAAUGACCUUACUGACAGACCAACAAGCAAGUGAAUGCAUGUGCAAGGUCAAGAAGAGUCCAUGCCUCUGGGCCGUGUUGAUAGCGACCACAGACCAGCAUAGUUUUUCUCAUUUGAACCUUAACUCAAUUGUGUUUAAUCUCAUUAUGUUAUCACCGUACAGUAAGUAAAGUCUGAGCUCAGUUGAUAAUGUGCCCAUCCUGUGUGUUGGGUGGGAGAACCCGGUUGAAUGUCUCAUGUGGGUUGUGGUUGCCUGUCAUAUCUUGGAGUAGCUGCCAUUAAAAUAAAUUUUCCCGUAAAACAUGCAAAUUGUGAUCAUGACAAGAUCAUAACAUGUACAGCCUCCAGCCUGGAAGGAUUGACUGGAUGAAAGUAAACGGCGUUUCUUUUAACACUUUCCUUCAUUAUUCCUCUUUGCACAGAAAAGGAGCUUAUCACUCCACCCCUCAAUGGAUUGAUUCUUCCAGGAGUAACACGAAAAUCUUUGCUGGAACUUGCCAAGAGCUGGGUUAGUUAUUCUCUACAUAAAACUUUCUUACUACUUUUAAAACAGUGCCUGCUAAAGAGGCUGCAAAUCAAAAUACGUUAUUAGUGGUCUGUAUGUGGUUCAUGAAAAGCUUUUCGCAAUAUCUAUCAGGCGCGAAGCAAUCUGUGUCAAGAGUAUGCAGUCUUCUUUGUCUUUCAUUUCUAAGACCAGUCAGACUUACCGGUACUUAACUUACAGAUAACUAGUAGUUACUUGAAUGUUCUCUUGGUUAUUUUUUUUUUAUUAUUUUUAUCACAGGGAGAAUUCAAAGUUACAGAAAGGGAGUUUACAAUGGAUGACUUAAUUCGCGCAUCAAACGAAAACAGGGUAUAAAAAGCAUUACUUGUUAACAUAGCCUCUCACUCAAACGCUCUUUUGCCUCGCCAUGCAAUCCUCCAGGAUGAACGUGUGACGAAUCCCCUGAAACGUCAGCGUGGGAGGCUGUUGUUAACAUUGACAUAUGUAGCAAAGACACCUAGCGAUGACGGCAAUAAAACGGCACAAAAUGCUUAGUGAGUGAAGACAAUACCUCAGCAUGCGCGUUGGUGUAGACUGCGAGCAGAACAGGCUCAUAUUUUUCUUUAGAGACACGGUAGAAUGCGAGCACGAGAAACGAGGCAGUUACCUUUUCGCUCUCCGCGGGUGGCUCUGAGGAAAGAAGGACGACCGCUCGCGGUCUAGCGUUGGUGUAUCACUAACGUGUAACCCUCAUGUGCAAUAGUUGCAAAGUAGCACGAAUUUAUUUUCAUAGUAACCUUUUCUUCAAGCGGCAUUGCCGCCGUUGUCCUUUUUGACCCCUAUUAUUGGUUUCAGUUGUAACCGGUCAAUUUGCCCCUGGUACAGAGUCAUUUAGCCCCAUAGAUGAGACAGCUCGCCCUCUUAACUUCCAACUUACCUUGUAGUUAUAUUUGUUAUCAGUUUUCUUUGCCCUCGAGUUGUGUUUCUUAAUUUGAAAAGGAACAUUCCAGUUCGAUUUAAUGAAUCAAUGUGGUAAACUUAGUAAGGGACGUAAGCUAAACAAGGCUAGACGUUGACGUCCAGAGGCGGGGGGUACUCCCUAUGAUGGCCAAUACGGUGAGGCUCUGCUCGAAAGGAAAUCUAUCAUUUGGGUCUGUGAAAGGGCCCAAAAGGACCAACAGAUGAACUUUAUGGCUUUAUAAAGUCGAGAAAACGUUCAAAAUUGUGAUUGAUUCCUAUUUAAAAGACGGUGCAUUUACAGCAGCUAAAAGGGAUGCAAAGUCCUAGACAAGGUAUGUGAAAUGAGUACCAUGUGUCAAUUGAAGGUCUACCUAAGGGCUACUUUUUUCGUGGUGAAUGGUGCAUUAAAGGGUAGGGGGUUGGCCUUCGGGGCAGAGCCUCCCCGUAUAAAGAUCAGAUUUGUCGAGUACCCCCCAACCUCCACCCCCAAACCCCCCAUCCCCUCGCAGUGACGUGCGUCGAAUAAAAACGCCUUUACUUCAGCUCCCUAUUUCAUUGUGGACAACUUUGCAGGUUAAGGAAAUAUUUGGUGCCGGUACAGCAUGUGUAGUUUGUCCAGUAAACAGGAUACUUUACGAGGGACAGGUAAGGAAAGCAAACACAAAGAAAGGAUAGUAACUUCCCCCAAUCAGCUCAAUAGCGUUCUUUUGCACUAAAGACUUUUUAUGGUAUUAGAAGUUAUUCGUCUACGUAUUUAUGCUGCUUCAAUAGAUCGUUUUAUUUGUCCCAGUAACAACACGGAAAUUAUGGUAAUUAAAGGUGAUACCCCUUCCUUUUUCUUAUAAACGGCACUUUAAUACGGUGUAAGAUUUCAGGAUGAUGCCCGCGCAUCAGUUGCUAUUGAAACUCGCUGACUCUUGCUUUUUAUAUUUAGAACAUUAUGAUCCCCACUAUGGAGAAUUUGGAAGUAACAAAGAGAUUUUAUUAUGAACUGACUGCAAUUCAGGUGGGUAAAAUCGGCGCUUUUGACACUCUCAGACAAGGUUUAGUCUUAUGAUGCAACGGGGCUAUCAUCAUGUUCUUGUUUAGGCUCGAUUACCAGCCACUGUUCGGUAAAAUGAGCCCGCACUCAUCCACUCCCCGGGAGACAGCCGAAAUCGAGCCUAGUUUUCUUUUUGCUUUGACGAACCCAAUAAGACAGUCUCCUUUGCGGUGAACAUUGCCUGUGAUUGGCCGAUUAAUGUUGGGUACCUCUGGUCGAGUUCGUUGCACUGUGAGCUCGUAACGAUGGGGUUAACAUGACGUCUAAACACGUGCGUGUUGUUUCGCAAACAGCUUAGUUUUUGCCGCGCUUGGUGAUUAUGAAGAGGCUUUUUUUGGAUGGCGGAGGGGGGUGGGGGGGGCUUUUUCACCUCCGUGGCACCCGCUAGAAAGGGAUGGGUCUAAGUGAUCGCAAGGGGAGGUUUACAGCACCUGGCAUGUGUGCGUAGAGGAUCCAUCUGCCGUUUGUUGCCAUGAUAUAGGGUGGCGGGGGGUGGCUGUGGGGAGUAAAUUAACGAUAAAAAGCAUCCAAGUGUUGUUGUGACGGGCCUUUUUUUGUUAGAGUUUCGACUUUCAGCAUUGUCAUCUGCAGUAAAUAAGCGCCAAAACAAAUCCUCUUGUUUUAUUUUUCAGUAUGGUCGUACCCCUUCGUCGUGGACUGAAAUAGUCGACUAA